AAGAAAAUAGAAGUUUCAAUUAAAAGCAAAUGAAAAUGGUUCUUCAAUCAGAGAAUUUACCCUAACGAGGUUCUCCAGUCCCUCCUCAGCCGCGUUCCUCCUCAUCUCGAAGCCACCGCCGAGCAGCCCCGCAGGUCCGCCGCCUGGUCUCUCUCGCUUUCACGAAUCCGCUGAUCAGGAUCGCCGGUCCGUUGCGUUGUCUGUCUCUCGCUUUUACAUAGCCGCCGCCGCCGCCGUAGGCUCGCCGGUCCGUCCCCCUUUCCAGUUGUUGUGCUCCUUCCUUGUUUUUCAUCAAAGUCAGAAGAAAGGAACUAGAAUUUUUACAAGGAAAAGAGGGAGAAAACAAUCAAGUUACCCUUGUUGUGGAUUGAUCUACAAUCAAGUGAUGGAAGUGAAUCAAGUGACCUGAUUAUUGUACUGAUGAAAGUGCUGACGAAGAUGACGAGGAGUUUCAACUGCAGGUUUGCUGCUUGAGAAAGUUUCAAAGAUUAAGGUUCAGAUAAAUGUUAUAUAUAUCUGAAACUUCUUUAACGAUGCCAGGCUUUCCUGUUGCAACUUGCGAAACAUCAUAUUCCAGAAACACAAAUCAAAUAAGCUAUCCAGAUGCUCAUGGGCAUUUAUCUGCUGAAGAGGAGCUUGCUGCAGAAGAGAGUUUUGCAGUUUAUUGCAAGCCCGUAGAAUUCUACAACAUUCUUCGGCGACGUGCUUUACGGAAUCCUACAUUUCUUCAGAGAUGUUUGGAGUAUAAGAUAAAGGCUAGGCAAAAGAAGAGGAUACAAUUGACAGCUUUACUGAGUGAUACAGAUGAAACUCAAGUUUCGUUUCCCUUGUAUAUUUGUCUAGCAAGGCUGGCUUCUAAGGAUGAGGAUGCCGAGAGGUAUUCUGCUGAAUAUCGCAUUGGUCGGGUUUUCAUCCUUCGAGAUCCUUCUGAAGUUGAUGGUGAUACUGGUGAUACUCACCUCAAAGCAAACUUUUUGCUCCCCGACAUUCAUAGGCUAGCUCUGACAGCUAAAUCUGGGUCACUUGUUCUGUUGUUUUUCACAGCUGUGGAGGACCCAAAUUCCUCAUCUGGGGUCAAUGCAAGCCUGAUGCCUUUGGAUCCAAGUUCAUCUGAAUCAAGAGAUGGACAGUACUGCUUAUGUGGGAAAGUAUCUCUGGAAAAAAUUUUUCAGUCGUGGGAUGAAUCUCCAAAUUUAAGACUGGGACUUCAAGCUGAGGCUGUGUCAACUGUUGAUCUGCAUCCUUGUUUUCUAAAGUAUGGUGUUCGAUAUAAGGAACAGAGCAUCUCAGUUCAAGUAUCAAAUAAUUUUGAGAAUGGGUUUCUAAGGAGUACAUCAAAGCAAUUGCAAAUCAAAAUGUAUGCCCAACAAUGUGGGGCUAAAGAGAAAUCUUCCCAUUAUACAAACAUAACUGCACUAGCAUCGCCAUCAUUAUCUCGUAUCAUCCGGUUGAAGGAGGGCAAUGUGAAAUUUAAUUACAGGUAUUACUAUGAUAAAUUGCAAAGAACGGAAGUCACUGAAGAUUUCUCCUGUCCGUUAUGUUUGGUUAGAUGUGCAAGCUACAAGGGGAUAAAAUAUCACUUGCUCGCAUCUCAUGAUCUUCUCAACUAUGAAUUUUCGGCAUGGGAGGACUGUCCGACGAUAAACGUGUCUGUGAAAACUGAUAACUGGAAAUCUGAGAUUUUUGCAAAUAUUGUUGAUCCCAAGUUGUACACUAUCAACUUUUGUGCCAAACCACUUAAGCGAAUACAGCCAGCGGAUGAACCUUCUGAAAAAGCAAAGGCUGCGGAUCCACUUGUCUUAGAAUCCGAAAUUCCAACUGGAGAGGGUGAUCUUUUGGAGAAAGCUGAUGACAUUGCAGGGGUUUCAAAUGCUAUUGUACAAUUGCAUCAUCAAGAUUGUGUCCUGCCUGAACCACCGACAUAUGAGAAUCCUGCAGUGUUACCAGAUGCUACAACAGGGAAGUCAACAAUUCAGCGUUAUAACAUUGACCCACAAAUCCUUUCCCAGUUAAGCAAGAGAAAAUUCUAUCACUCUCACAAAUACCAGCCAAUGGAACUUGAAGAAGUUCUAUCAGAAGAAGAUAGUGAGGAUGAAGUUGAUGACGAAGUAGCAAGUUUUGAAGAUCGAAGGAUGCUUGGUAAUUUUGUGGACGUGACCGAAGCUGAGAAGAAAUUCAUGCAUAUGUGGAACUCAUUUGUUCGAAAGCAACGGGUGCUAGCUGAUGGUCAUAUUCCAUGGGCAUGUGAAGCUUUUGUAAAAGUUCAUGGCUUCGAGCUUCUAGAGUGCCCCAUAUUGCCUUGGUGUUGGAGACUGUUUUCUAUCAAAUUAUGGAAUCAUGGUCUUCUUGAUGCACGAACUAUUAAUUUGUGCAGCCUUAUUCUUCAACGGUAUCAGAGGGAGAAAUCAGCCCCAAAUAGUUAAAACACAAUUCUUCAUCUUUUUAAAUACAAAAGACAAGAUGACGUAUAGAAAAAAGGACCAUUUUUUUCUUCACAAAACAAAUUGCUGUCACCAAAUGGGGGGAAUUUUUAUUCGUUUCAAUUUUAUACCCUUUUGUAUGGUUAUACUCAUUACCGGGAUUUGUACCAUAAAUUUGUAAAGGGAUAAAAGUUCCAUCCCUUGUUACAUUUUUCUGGGGAAUGUAGCCGAAGAAAUUAUUCAGCAACAUUGAGUAUUAUAUUCCUGAUUUGUUUAUGCCUUCAAAACUAUUUUGUUUUGGAAA